AUGGCGCCCAGUAUGCAGGAGGAGCUCACCACCCAAGCCACGCGAAGCGUUUCCGACGUCGUCAAGCGGUUGCUGAUUCCCUUGACUCCUACAAGCCCGCCGGGCCUUGUCCAGGCGAAUACAGUUGACCCGUGGUCCAAGGCCGGCAAAUACGCUCUCGGUUGGACCUAUUUCGCAGCAGCACUCUCGGGCUGUGUCAUCUUGGUUCGCAUCUGGCAUUUCUGGCAGGACAAGAUUCGGCAAGCCAUCUACAAACAACAAGUCGAGACGCACUAUCGGGACACGUACAAUGUCGACGCCAACUUCGUCCAGGCGGCCAUUCGCACCGGGACGGCCCAGGAGUUCUUCCCCGACGGCGAUCCCAUGGGCGAAAAGUUCCGUCCGAAAGCACACUUCUCGUCCAUCGGCUUCGUCAACGACACAUUAGCCCUGUUUCGAUGGCUCUUCUAUCGAUCUGUUCCCGAUAUUGUCAUUGGCAAGCAUCGAUUUACCUUCUCCUCACUUGCGGUUCUGGCCACGACUUUUGUGGCCCUUGCCUUUGUCACCAUAUAUACCUUCCUCCAACAACCGCUCUACUGGGAGAGCAUUCGCUUUGGAGCGCCUCCCGUCGCGAUCCGGGCCGGCAUGCUCUCUGUGGCGUUGACGCCCUGGAUUGUCGCGACGAGCAUGAAGACGAAUAUCCUGACCAUGCUGCUCGGCAUUGGGCCGGAGCGACUGAAUGUCUUCCACCGAUGGCUCAGCUACCUUUGUCUAUUCCUAUCGCUGGUUCACAUGAUCCCCUUUUACGUACAACCCGUCUGGGAUGAUAAUGGCAUGUCGGUAUGGGCCUCGACUUUUCCCUCCUCAAGGGGCAUAAUCUACGGCACGGGAAUCGCUUGCAUUGUUCCGUUGAUCUGGCUUUGUGUGGCCUCGCUGCCGUGGAUCCGAAGGGUUGCCUACGAGCUGUUCGUCAUCUUCCACGUCCCGGUCGGUAUCAUCUACGUUGGCAUGCUGUUCUGGCACACGAACAACAAACUCCUUACCUGGGACUACCUCUACGUCACCGUGGCCAUCUGGGUAGUCUGCAAUAUUCUGCGAGUUUUUAAGCUGAACUGGGCAUGGCCUGGGCGACUAUCUUUUAUGGUUGGCGACGAGGCGGCCAUCACCUUAAUGGCUGAGAAUGCCAUCAAAGUCACCAUUCCCACGCAGAUGCGAUGGAAGCCUGGCCAAUACGUCUAUCUCCGAAUUCCUGGCAUCUCAUUAUUCGAUAACCACCCGUUCACCAUUUCAUCUCUAUGCAGCGAAGACUUUCCAUCCGAAUACGGAGAGAACUAUCGGGAUUGCAUUCUCCUUUUCAAGGCCUACGGCGGCUUUACGCGCAAGGUCCUGGACACUGCCAUUGAGAAGGGCCCGUUCCACACAUACCGCGCCUUUCUGGAUGGGCCAUACGGCGGCAUGAGGCGCGAUCUGGCCGCCUUCGACACGUGCAUCCUCAUUGCCGGCGGAAGUGGCAUCACGUCACUGAUAUCUCAGCUCCUCAACCUGGUCAAGCGAAUGCGUGAUGGAAAGGCCAUCACCAGAAAGGUCGUCGUCGUUUGGGCAAUGAAGAAGAUUGAGGACAUGGAUUGGUUCAAAGAAGAGCUGCGCAUCUGUCGCGAAUCAGCACCUCCAGAGAGCGUCCGCUGCAGGUUCUUUGUGACUUCAGCGGUGCGGAACCGGCCAGGGCAGCAGAUGACGGCCCCCAUCAACGGGAACAGCGCGCGAGCCCUGAGUCACAAGUUUCACGAUAAACUGGAUGGCUUCGUGGCAGGCAUUGCCUCGAAGCGCAACUCGGCCCUCAUCCAUGCCGAGGCGCAGGGUGACCCGGACCGAGAGCGCGAGCUUCGCGCCGAGAACGAGGACCGCAUCACAGCCCUUCCACAACAAAAGUACUUGCAACCUCACCAAUACCCACCACCUCCGCCUCGUUUCCCAUCUCGCGAGUCGACGAUGACGGCAACCACGUCGGACGAUGGCUUGGGCAAUCUCAACGAGAAUGGCUAUCCCGAGGAUAAGAAGGAGGCAGAUGUGUCACCACAGGAGCAAGAGCCUGUCCCCAUCAUGGUUCCCGAACUUGCCCAUCUGUACAACUCUGGCGUUCCUGCUGGAGCAACGGCAACUAGCGGCUUUGGCCAGCAGCAGCAGGCAGGAUUCGACUUUGGAUUCCCCCAGACUCCCACCGAGUUCCAGAAGAACCUGAUGCGAUCUGCGUUCCCCGUGCCGCACCAGAUCGAAGACGGUUGGACGGUCACGUACGGCCGGCCCCAUCUUGGACACAUGCUCAAGGAAUGGGCCACGGGCGGGCCCGAGGGCAGAGGCAUCCUGGGCCGAAGGACAGCCGUGUUCGUCUGCGGCCCCCCGAGCAUGAGAGUGGGCGUGGCCAACACGGUGGCGAAGCUGCAGGCGGAGAUUUGGGGCGACGACGAGCUGGAGGAGAUCUUUUUGCACGCAGAAAACUAUGCCCUCUAG